AGUAACGAGGGUCGACGGCGUCUGAGAGCGCGCGGACGUUGAAGCUGAGGUAGAGGCGUAGUAAACCGCACCGCGCACAGAAACAGGGCCGGACCCCGGAGUCUCCGCGGGUCGCUGCGCGAGUCUGUGGAGGCGCUCUGGACAUGGAGCCUCCGCCCGAGAGCAGCCAAGAAGGCACCGCUUGCCGCAGCCUGGAAGUCGAUGAGCUUGGAGGAGAACCGUUGGAUACGAAGCCGGCGGUGGUCUCCGUAACGGGAGGAGACGUCGAGAAGGAGCUCUGGCCCGAACCUGAGCAGGGAGCCGCGGCAGGAGGAGAAGAAAGCCACGGUGGCGCGGGAGCAGCGGGCCCCGUGGACGACGAGAACCAGACGGGCGGCGGCUGCGGGGAGGAGCCCCCGCAGCAGCAGCAGGACGAGGCCCAGGCGGCCGCCGAGGGGCCGCAGGAACGCCUCCACCUCGAGUUCACCCGGCUGCAACUGAAGGAGCUGGAGAGCGUUUUCCAACGCACUCAAUACCCCGACGUGUUCGCGCGAAAGGAGCUUGCCAUACCCAUAGAUGUGAUGGAAGUCAGUAAACCUGAAAAAAGCGAUUUGGCUGGGGAGCCAUUAUAAAACCUGCUUCAGGAGUUAAAAGCUUUUGUUCUAGACAUUUUCAAGUUGUUGUUUUGGUUGUCUUUUCCAUGUUUGGGUAGUAAGUUUUGAAUUUUAGGGCUUUGGUGAGUGGAAAAUGGGAUAAAUAAAUCCCACUUUAUGGAAAUUGCCCAUUACCAUUAAAGGAAAACAAUAAAAUAAAAGAGAAUUAAACUGCUUGUCCUGUUUCCUGCACAAAAUUAAAUAUAA